AUGACUACUCAACAUCAUAAAAGUAAAGCGUUUACAACAACCACUUCAACAACAAAGCUAUCUGAAAUCAAAACAGCAAGUAAAAAUCUUAAUACUAAUUCGUGGGCUGAUAGAUGUAGUAAUUCAACUUCUAAUCUUAUUAAUAAUAAUAAAAUAUUAUAUAGUAAUAACCCUGUGAGUGAAUCCGACGAUGACGAAGGAUUUCAACCUGUCGAAAAAGCCAAGAAAAAAAGAAAGUUACACGUUUCUCCUCAAGUUCACCAAGCUUCUAACAGCAAUAUUAUAUCUAAGAAACCGUUAAAAAUGUAUGGCACGGGCACUAAUUGUGCCUUAAAAGCCUCUAAAAUUAUUGUUAAGAAGAGAACAUUUUACGUGGGCAACGUUGGCCCAUGUAAUAAAGAAACAAUCGAAAAUCAUCUCCGUUCCAAAAACAUUGACUUCAUUCACUGUUACCCAGUUCUACGUAAACGUAACCCUGAAGUUAUUGGCGUCGCACAAAACAACCUUUUAGAAUCCACGGCAUUCAAAAUCAUCCUGCCGGUCGACGAAUCAUCAAAACUGACAAGUCCUGACAUUUGGCCCAAAUACGCUUUCCUUCGUGAGUGGGACUAUUCAGCGACAAACAUUCCAAGAACUGCUGAAGAUAAGAUUGCUAAAAAAUCAUUCAACGUGACUCUCAGUAAUGCCCAAAAAUCAUCAGACACCAACUUUGGCGACAUCAACACGAAUCCUGUCAUCGAGAUGAAAUCACCAAACGUUAACUAUGGCGACAACAAACAAUAA